CCCUGGCUCCCUGCAGCAGUGCCAGACCCGUUCUGGCAGGAUCACCCAAACUUUGCCUCCCACCGACCUGGUUGAAGGCAGGCAAAAUGGAUCGCCGUGAAAUCACCUCCGAGCCUGAGAAAACCCACCAAAAUCGCCUCUCCAGCGUCACCGAGGAGGAAGAAGAACAAGAUGCAGCUUACACAAUUGUGACGGUCCUGGACAAAGUGGCCAACAUCGUGGAUAGCGUGCAGGCAAGCCAGAAGAGGAUAGAAGAGAGGCACAGGGAGAUGGAAAACACCAUCAAGACCAUACAGAUUGACAUCUUAAAGCUUGCCCAGGCUCAUGGCAACACAGGCUACACAGUGAACAAGUUGCUGGAGAAAACCCGCAAAGUCAGCUCUGUCAUGAAGGAGGUGCGGGCACGUGUGGAGCGGCAGAGCACCAACGUGCGGAAGGUGGAAGCAAAACAAGAGGAGAUGCUGAAAAAAAACAAAUUCCGGGUCGUAAUCUAUCAGGAGGAAACUGAGUGUCCUUCAUCUCUCUCUGUUAUCAAAGAGAGGACAGCAGGGGAAACUCUGGAGGAUGAUUUCUUCCCACCUGAUGAUCUGUCUUCUGAUGAAGAAUAUUAUAUUGAAGAAGGCAAAGCUGCCCAGUUCAAGAAAUCAGGCAUGAGGCGCAUAGAUGAUAUCAAAAAGGCGUUCUCAAGGGAAAAUAUCCAAAAGACAAGGCAAAAUUUUGGCAAGAAGGUAAACAGGCUUCGAACUAGAAUAGUGACUCCUGAGAGGAGAGAGAGGAUCAGGCAGUCAGGAGAGAGACUGAAACAAUCUGGGAUAAGGAUCAAGAAAACCAUUUCACAAGCUGCCCCAACAAAGGAGACAUUCAAGAUCCAUAAAAAAAGUAAAGAACGAACAGGAGCCGAAGGUCAGGAAGGGAUCCAGGAAGCUGGUGUGCACAUCGCCUCUGAGCUUGCAGCAGCAGAGCCUUUCACUGAAGAAAUCUCUUACACAGAAGUGAUCACUAAGGUAAAGAAAGACAAGAAUAGUGCAACAAAAGGUGCUUCCCAGACAACUGAAAAAGGAGUGACAAUCCCAGAAGUAGUUCUUAAGCAGGAAGGAAAAGAGGGAGGAGGAGGUGAUGAUGUCCCUUUGCUAGACUUACAGCAAUCGGCAUAUGGAAUCAAUUAG